AUGUCCGAGCCCACCGCCUCGGCUGGCGACAAGGAGCCCGGGCAGCAGGGCCGGCGGCUCUUCGGGCUGCGCUGGGGCCGCCUGGAGGAGCCCCUGGGCUUCAUUAAGGUGCUGCAGUGGCUCUUUGCCAUUUUUGCCUUUGGAUCUUGCGGCUCUUUCAGUGGGGAGACAGGGGCUACUGUGAAAUGCAAUGAUGACCUGAAAGAGAUGACUGCUAUCUCUGUCCAGUUCGGAUACCCUUUCAGGUUAUCCAGGAUUCCCUUUGAGAUGCCUGUCUGCGAGGGCAACACCACUAAAAGGACUCUGCAUCUCAUGGGGGACUUCUCGGCCCCCUCCGAGUUCUUCGUGACCCUGGGAGUCUUCUCCUUCCUCUACAGCAUGGCAGCCCUGGUGAUCUACCUGCGAUUUCACUCCCUUUACACAGACAACAAGAGGCUUCCCUUUGCGGAUUUCUGCGUGAGCGUCUCCUUCACCUUCUUCUGGCUGGUGGCAGCUGCAGCCUGGGGCAAAGGCCUGUCAGAUGUGAAGGGGGCCACGCGGCCGUCCAGUCUCAUCGCCGCCAUGUCCGUGUGCCAUCUCAAACAGGCGGUGUGCAACGCCGGGGCCACGCCAGCCAUGGGGCUGGCCAACAUCUCCGUGCUCUUUGGCUUCAUCAAUUUUAUCCUGUGGGCUGGAAACUGCUGGUUUGUGUUUAAAGAGACCUCGUGGCAUGCGCAGGCCACCAACAAGGAGAACUCUGCUGAACAGGGAGCCAUCGACAAGCAAUAA